AUGAAGCUGUCCCUGGCUCUCGUUACCCUCUUGGCGACUUUCACCGUAGCCUUGCCUCAGAACAAAGCCGGGCAAGGCACUCAGGCCCAGACCCAGGCUCAAGCUCAAAAGCAACAAGGCAAGGCCAAUGGUGCACAGGCCAAAGGACAGGGCAAUAAUGCUGCUGCUGCCGCUGCUAAUGCCGCUGCCGCAAAAGCUCCUCCUGCUGCGGCCGCAGCUGACAACGGAGUGAAUGCGAAGGCCAACAAUGGCGCAGACGGUAUAACCGCCGCCGCCAAGGUGGACGCUGCUGUGUUGCUGUCUCAAAAUGGUGACGCCGGAGCCGCCGACUCUGGCGCAGCCUUCGAGAAGGCCGUCCAGGCCAUCGUGGACUCUGGCAAUCAGGCCGAUGUCGCAACCCUGAAAGCUGCCGGAGUCGAUGUCGAUGCAGUCACUGGGGGAGGCGGUGCCGCUGCGAAGCAGGGCGGCCAAGGCCAGGCUGCUCAAGGAGCUGCUGCUGCUGCCGCGGCGGCUAAGAAGGGAGGCCAAGGACAGGCUGCCCAAGCAGGCGCUGCUGCGGCCCAAAAGGGAGCUCAAGGCCAGGCUGCUCAAGGACAGGCUGCUCAAGGCCAGGCUGCUCAAGCAGCCGGUACUGCUGCCAAACAAGGCGCUCAAGGUCAGGCACAGCAGGCUAAAGGAGCCGCGAAUGCAGCUCAAACCCAAGGAGACGCAGCUGCGAAUUAG